UUUUUUUCCUUCUGCGCCUCUUCAGACGUGGUCUGAAUCUACAGUGAGCUGAGAGAGAGGCCCAAACAACAUUUAUCAACCUUAGCGCGGUGGUGGGCGUCUCCAGAUCAGGAAUAAUAAUGGACUAACAGUCUUCUCUGCUGUUUCAGUUUGAUCACCACUCUGGCUUCUCGGGGAGCUGGAAGAAGAUGAGCCCUUUCUCUUCGGCUGAGGAGGGUUUGCUGCUGUUGCUGUGUGGGGGAGUGGGCUACAUCCUGUGGCGUUUCCUGUGUUUGUAAACUAGACGGUGCAGAAAACGUCGGCGAGCAAAGCUGUUUUAGUACUAGAUGAGUGAGGUGGGUGUGGCUUCCCACCAGCCCGACCAUCCUGACUGACGGAUCUCUGGAUGACCUUGUCCCCACCCCUGUCCCUGCGCUCACAUAUACCUCAGCAAUGUCACAUCUGCCCAGCAGCUCAGUCCGCGACCAUAUGAAAUGGGCGGGGCUGCUUGGCUGCGAAGCUGUCCUGUCCAGCAUGGCCCUGAUGCAGGCCAGUACAAUGGCUGCUCCUCCUAAAAAAAUGAUGGCUCCGCUCGGCCACGCACCUCCUCAGAGAGACGGACCCGACCGUGCUCCCCAGAGCCACAUGAUCCUCCCUUCUGGAAUGAGCUGUCCACCCCUGCUUAUCAGGAAGGAAGGUGAAUUCCAAGCUCCCCGCUUGCUGGAUGAGAAGGACAUGAGGACCAACGAAGACAUGCAGCAGAAAAAAAAGAACAGGAAAUCAGUGACGCCCUGUAAAGUGAGAGAACAAGAAGGAAGGGGAGGGAAGGGCGCAGGUGGAGAUGAGAAUGGUCCGGCCUCCAAAGUGCAGAAAAAUUUUAUUUGUGAUCAUUGUUACGGAGCAUUUAGAAGUGGAUAUCACCUAAAGAGACAUAUCCUCAUUCAUACAGGGGAGAAGCCGUAUGCUUGUGCCGUUUGUGACAUGAGGUUUAUUCAGCGUUACCACCUGGAGAGACACAGCCUCAUUCACACGGGGGUGAAGCCGUUUGCUUGUUCCAUGUGUGACAUGAGGUUUUUCCAGCGUUACCACCUGGAGAGACACAGACUCACUCAUACGGGGGUGAAGCCGUACGCUUGCUCCAUGUGCGACAUGAGGUUCUUCCAACGUUACCAUCUGGCAAGACACACCCUCACACACACUGGGGUGAAGCCAUACGCUUGCUCUGUGUGUGAUAUGAGAUUUUUCCAACGCCACCACUUGGCACGACACAGCCUCACUCACACGGGGGUGAAGCCAUAUGCUUGCUCCAUGUGUGACAUGAGAUUUUUCCAGAGAUACCACCUGGCAAGACACACUCUCACUCACACGGGGGUGAAGCCAUACGCUUGCUCCAUGUGUGACAUGAGGUUCUUCCAGCGUUACCAUUUGGCAAGACACACCCUCACUCAUACCGGGGUGAAGCCAUAUGCUUGUACCAUGUGUGACAUGAGAUUUAUUCAACGUUACCAGCUGGAGAGACACAGCCUCACUCAUACAGGGGUGAAGCCGUACGCUUGCACCAUGUGUGACAAGAGGUUUUUUCAGCGCUACCACCUGGCGAGACACAGCCUCACUCAUAUGGGUGUGAAACCUUUUGCUUGCACCAUGUGUGAUAUGAAGUUUUUUCAACGUUACCACCUGGCGAGACACAGCCUCACUCAUACGGGUGUGAAACCUUAUGCUUGCACCAUGUGUGACAAGAGGUUUUUUCAACGCUACCACCUGGCGAGACACAGCCUCACUCAUAUGGGUGUGAAACCUUUUGCUUGUACCAUGUGUGACAUGAGGUUUGUCCAGCGUUACCACCUGGCAAGACACAGCCUCACUCAUACUGGUGUGAAACCUUAUGCUUGCACCAUGUGUGACAAGAGGUUUUUUCAACGCUACCACCUGGCGAGACACAGCCUCACUCAUAUGGGUGUGAAACCUUUUGCUUGCACCAUUUGUGACAUGAGGUUUGUUCAGCGUUACCACCUGGCGAGACACAGCCUCACUCAUACUGGGGUGAAGCCGUUUGCUUGUUCCAUGUGUGACAUGAGGUUUAUUCAGCGUAACCACCUGGAGAGACACAGCCUCACUCAUACGGGAGAGAAGCCAUUUGCAUGUGACAUGUGUGAUAUGAGGUUUAUUCAGCGCUACCACCUUGAGAGACACAAGCGCGUUCACAGUGGGGAGAAGCCUUAUCAGUGCGAAAGGUGCCAGCAGAACUUUUCACGCACAGACCGUCUGCUGCGGCAUCGGCGGUUGUGCCAGGGCCGCAGCGUAGCCAAAGUAGAGAACCAGCCAUGCUGCGAACCACGCCCGUACCAGCAGGAGCCCCCGCCUGCGCCGCCAACCUGGAGCCCCCUGCACCCACCUCCGGGACGGCUGGCUGUCUGACAUUACGCCUUCCCGGGAUCCAUAACUACAGCGGAGAUGGGACAAGCCGCAGGGUUUCCUCCUCUCGCCUCUGUGCAGAGUGGCGCCACAUUCUAGCGCAGACGCUCUCUCAGCUCCAGUCCUGGGAUUAUUAAUGACAGUGGGGCAAAUUAUUAUUUUUUUUUUUAUUUACAUUUCACUGUGUUCCCUUUUCUUCCCUGUUUUUUUUUUAUUUUAUUUUAAAUGAUACUUUUUUCUGUGAUGAACAGUGGUCAAUAGUCCUGUUUUGUACAUUUUUGUUCCCAGGAAAAAAAAAAAGGUUUUUAUUGUUCAAACAAACUGCAUUUGGUGGUACUCCUCGGGAAAGGAACUGGAUAUUGUUUGUCCUAAUGUUUUUGCAACAAAAAAAAGAAGAAAAAAAAAGGUGGAAAAAUACUAUCGGAGCAACUUGGUAAUUUUUUUUUUUUUCCCUCUUAAAUGGCCCAUUUUGCCUCAAAAGAAUUGUCACUCAAGUUUAAUCGGUAAAACUGGGGUUUCCCUCCAGGUCGAGCGUGGAAGCCGCGCGUCACUGGGACCACAGUUUGCCUUUCGGUGCUGCUUAUCAAGAAGUUUUUACUGGAAGCAUCGACUGGCACCUUCAGUGUUUGGGUACACUAAAUUCUGUUGACUCGAUCAGCAGGGAAGGCCCAGUUUUGAUCGGUGUAAAUAAUUGAAAAUGUAUAUUAAUCUAGGUUGGACUUGAGUGUCUUUUUAUGCGUGAAAUGGGCCACAGUAAGAGUAAAAAUGGAGUUCAGAUACAGUCUGACGGCGCCGCUGCAGUCGAGUCCUGAGGGAAGCAGUUUGUCUAAGAUAAUGUUUGUAAACCAGAUCAAUUUUUUUGUGUCGACUCGCGAGAUUCAGAGGACAGCAGUGUAACAGUACUUCUUCCAUAAUUACUGUCCAUUCACCUGUGUGUGUGUAUAUACUGAGAUCUCCAGUGCUGUGUCAGAGAAAUGUCUCCCAGAGUUUGGGUGGAAACCGGUGCAGGUCGGCCUCCUCGAGUCUCACUGUUUGUACAGCUCGUCACAUUGUGAGAUUAGCAGCAGUAUACAGAAUAUUGUGGCCUUAGUAUGUUUCUUUAUUAAUUUUGUUUGUUGCCUUUUAUUUUUCUGCUGUGUUUUAGGCUGUGGCUCAGAUACAUUUACCAGCCUUUGGUUGUUGUUUUUUUUCCUUUUGUUUUAAAAUGACUAAGCUCUCAGUUGAAUGCCGAAAGCUUCAGAAAGCAGAUCUUUCUGAUGGAAAAUUUUAGGUCAUUAUUCCUGCUAAUUUUGUAACACGGCAUACUGUCCUGAAGGUAGUGCUCGGCGGUUUUUAACAAAUUGCUUUUUCUUUUUUCUUUUUUUUUCCAGAUAUGUGACCGGUGUGUAAAUGUUUAUCAUGUCAUUGGGUUUAGCCUUAAGUUUGAAAUACAGGAGUUAUUGUACUAAAUGCCGCCGUAAUAACUGGGUUUCUUCUGCGCAUCAUGAACUUUGGAGGGAAUCUUUUCGAGCAGCCAAUCAGCUGCUGGUCGUGUUUCUCAGCCCCGCUGUUACCGAGCAGCUUCUGGCCCUGAAACGUCAGUGCUGGACGGAGAAGUGCCGCGUCCAGGCAACCUGUUUAACCUGUAUUGUACCGAUCUGGACGACAUGCUGUUGAAGCCAUUAACCAAAUGUGGAACCUUUCUGCGGCCUAUGUAUUUGCUUCAAUGUGUCAGAAUUGUAAGGAAAUUGGGGUGUUUUUAUUUUGUUUGUUUGUUUGUUUUUUAUAAAGACAAAGUUGUGCAGCUGGUAAAGUGUGCACAGAGAAAAGGUUCAGUUUUAAUUGAAAUGAUUUGGCUGAAAUUAUGACAGAGAAAAAGGGCCAAGUUUAAAGAAAUACAGUAAUUUGCUUUGGAAACACUAUUCCCAGCCUGUGAAAGGACUCUCCUGGUGUGUGCACAUAUAAAAAAAAAAAUGCAAAAGGGCAAUACAGUAUGUAGAUGUUGCUUGUUAAUAUUUGUCAUUUAUUGUUUUUAGUAUUAUCUUUUCCAUCAUUAAAUCGCAAUAGAAUCCUUCCGUUUCAGAUCUCGUUAUGAGAUUUUGUUUUUCAAAGGAAGGGUUAGCGCAUCAUAUUUUUAUGAUUGUUUUACUGACUUUUUUUUUAUUAUUAUUCAGAUGAAAUUGUACACUGGAAUGAAAUGGAAAAAACAUGGAAAUUUGAUUUCUUUUUUUUUUUAUUAUUCCUUUCAGUCUGUCUUAGAUAUUAGGCUUUGACAAGUUUGUUUUCUCUUUGACACAGAAGGCAAACAGAAAGAUUUGGAUCAGUACAGUUGGGAGCCCAGUAUGUUCUGUAAUUUUGACAUUAUAUGAUGUAGUAUCACAGGAAAAUGUUUUGCUUUUCUUAUACAAAGUCCCUGGUAUUUGUAGUAAAUUAUAUUGAUAAUGGUAUUAGAUGAACAACAGCAUAACAGUAGCUAUCACAGAUUAGUUGUUUUUCUUUAUUAGUCUUGCAUGCAGAGUUACGGUCCUCAGUUAAGAUAGGAUCUCUAUUGAUUAUUUUGUGUAGGAAAAAGUGCAUAAGAAUAACUUCCUAAAAAAAAAUUUUUACAAUGAAUUAUUGUAAAAAUGGGCUAACUAAUAUGUACCCUUGUGAUCCAAUUAGUUUCAGCUGUAUGAAAAUCAGAGGAGAGGCUUCUUACUAUUAUGCUAAAAUAAAGAAUUUGUAAAGGA